UCGAGACAGAUGGGACAGCAGGCCACUCUGCAGCCACCGUAAAGCUCUAGAACCGGCUCACCAUAGAGCACAUUGGCAGCUCAACAAAACAAGCAAGACACAGGAAAAAAUAGGAAAGAUUAAGACUCGCAACUCCUUGCGAGGGAAAAGAUACUUUUCAAAUUUUCUGACAUACAGGACAUCAGAAAAACUGGAACCUUCAGACUGUGACGGACGUUUGCAGAAUCUGACUUGAAGGAUGCAGAACGGAGGCUGGAAUGCCACACUCCCCCUCUCUCUCCUGAUAAAAGAGGCGUGUCCUCCAGGAAGUAUGUCUCUGGAGGGGGCUGGGGGUGUGCUUUCAGGGGCAUCUCUUGAAGGUGAAUUUUUCUUGGACUCUAUGGAUGAGCUAGAGCUUGGGGAUGGGGACAUUCCAGAACUUUCUGCUUUUUUGAGCCAAGAUGAGAUCAGCCGCAGUCUGGACCUGGCCCGGGAGGCCAUGAGUGAUGCAGGUGACCCAAAUGACUUUGAUCAACCACCAGCCCCCACAGAGCACAUCCCUCUUUUCUCAGAAGCCAAAGACCACACACUUCCAGAUUCUGCACUAACUCAAAUUUCCCAGUCAGCUGACAUUGCAUCAGGUAAAGUCUCCUCCAAUCAGAGUACUGCCCUUGAAUCACCUGAAAAGUUUGUCUGCCAAAAAUCCAUUGCACCAGUAUAUAAGCAGGACCGGCCCCGGUUAGUUCACAGAGGCUUGGAGCUGAAUGAACGAGCUGCUUCGGCUACUGAGUUCUGUAGCCGGGCUGCCACCUUCAUUGAGGAGCUCUCUUCCAUCUUCAAAGGCUCCACACGUGUGGAUCACCAAGGUGAUGAAGACUCCUCCUCAACUGACAGUUGUUACCUGUCUCCAAGGAGCCACCGACUGGCCGCACAGCAGGCUCAACAACCUUCGUCAUCUUCCUCUUCCUUAGAGCCCCAGCAGGAAGACACACACCAGGGCCAGGCUGAUUCAGAUAUGGCUGAACAUCAGGGGCGAGGGGUUAGUCUAGAUGGACCCAUGGCUCCUCCACAAUUCAUCCAGAAACUGAAGAGCCAGGAGGUGGCAGAGGGUAGCCCAAUACGUCUAGAAUGCCGGGUGACAGGGAACCCCCUUCCACUAGUCAGGUGGUUUUGUGAGGGGCGGGAGCUGCACCACUGCCCUGACAUUCAGAUCUGUCGUGAUGGUAAUCUGCACACACUGGUGAUAACUGAAGCAUUUGAAGACGACACUGGCAGGUACACCUGCGUAGCUUCCAACGCACUAGGAGCAGACAACACCUCUGCAGAGGUCUAUAUUGAAGGUGUUUCUUCCUCUGACUCCGAAGGUGAAGGAUCCGUAUCAAAGUCUAGGUCCAGAGCCAUGCCACAGGCUAAGAAGAAAACCACCUCAGUUUCCUUGAUGAUACACACAGGAUCCCCAAAGAGCACAGAGACCCAGCCUCAUUGCUCCAUGCUGGUCCAGACGCUUUCUACUACACCACAAAGAGUUCAGAGUCCAGUUUCCUCUCUCUAUGCUGGUGAUACUCUUCCGAAAGCGCCCCCUACCUUCACUAAGAUGUUGCAGGACGCGCAGGCAUCUGAAGGUCAGGUGGUGGUUUUGGAGUGUCGGGUAAGAGGAAGUCUUCCUCUGCAGGUCCAGUGGUUUCGGGAGGGGCAGGAGAUCCAGGACUCCCCUGACUUCCGAAUUCUGCAGAAGAAGCCAAGAUCAGCAGCAGAACCAGAGGAGAUCUGCACACUGGUGAUUGCAGAAGCAUUCCCUGAAGACGGAGGUCUGUUCUGCUGCACUGCAACCAACCAAUACGGCACAGUUAAUAGCACUGCACAGCUCACUGUCACCCCAGUUGCUGAAGAGUUGCCCAGCAAUGGCAUUUCUGGGGUCGAUAUGGUGUUUGAGGUCAGCCAACCAUUCCCGCCUCCUCCCCUGCCCACUGAGAUCAGUUUGUUGGACGUCCCACCCAAAACCCCGCCCAGCGCAGAGGCCUUCCAGAUAAAUGAACUGGACAUCUGGCCCAGUGUCACGCCAUUGCCUGUGCAGAUCUCCACCGAUAAAGAGCAUGAAACUCUACCCAACAAACCUUUACAAAAUGGUCAGGCAGUAAACAAGCCACCAGAUGAAAGUCUACCAUCACCUUCAAGUGUAAAGGAAACAGCAGCUCCACCUCCAUCGCCAUCACAAGUUAAGAGUGCCCCACCUCUCCCCACCAAACCCAAACUAUCGAAUGAGCAAGCAGACGUCCUCUCAAGCAAAAGAAACGCCACACAGUUGAAGCAGCUUCAAGAUCAGAUUCUCCUAGAACAGCAACAACAGCUAAGUCAGGAGGUUCCCCCUCCUUAUCAACACUCAAAGGAAAUCCUGCCUCCAUCUCCGCCUCUCCCACCUGCUCCCUUCUUCCAGGAUCUGGAGUGUAGCACCAUGCAGACAAGCACCUUCAACUAUGCCCGGCCUAAGCAGUUCAUUGCUGCCCAGAGCCCCACAACAACCGGGGGACCACUUGGAUACAGCACCCAGUCCUCUACCUCCUCAGGGUCCAGCCUGGCCUCCCCACUGUCCCCAACCACAAGCCACAAACCAUUCAGCCGUGUCAACCUUCCGCUCUUCCAACAGCAGCCGUCACUGACUAAAGGAAGCAGUGUGGAGUCUCCCAGCUCGCCCUCUUUCCCCCCGCCCCCUCCACCCUUUCUCAGCUCCAGCAAUAUCUCCUCUCCUCCUGGCUCAGCACAAGACUUCCCUCCACCACCUCCUCCGCCUGUCACAUCAAGUCCCACGUGCUCCGAGAGCUCCUCUCCCUUCACAUCCAUGCCACAAUCACCAGCCGGAUUUCUGCUAUCAGUGCUCCCAUCCUCACCACCUCCGCCACCGUUAAACACCCUGGGCCUGCCCAAGGGUAACGGUACAGUGGCACUGCCACGCAAGACUACAUCCCGCACACCACGCAUCAUCUCUGAUUCUGACAUCCAAGGAUCCAAAAAUGCUGUCAUACAAGAUCUGGAGAGAAAACUACGUUUCAAAGAGGAGAGGGUCAGCAAUGGACAACAGAGGUUAACUUAUGAGGAAAAAAUGGCUCGCAGGCUGCUGGGUGCUGACAAUGCUGCUACAGUGCUUAACACACAACAGGUGGAGGAGGAGACAGUAACACCGGAAGGCAGCUCAGCUGAUUCAGAGUCUGUUCCUCAAAAGGAGUAUAAAGUGUCGAGCUUCGAACAGCGGCUGAUCAGCGAGAUUGAGUUCCGUCUGGAGCGCUCGCCUGUGGAGGAAUCUGACGAUGAUGUCCAGCACUAUGAAGACACACCUGGAGAGGUGGCACCAUUCUUCGAUCAGAAGCUAAAGCACUACAAGGUUUUCGAGGGCAUGCCCGUUACCUUUAGCUGCAAGGUCAUGGGAGACCCAAAGCCAAAGGUGUACUGGUUUAAGGAUGGAAAGCAGAUCUCGAAGCGCAGUGAACACUACCGGAUCAGCCACGAGGCAGAUGGCACAUACUCCCUGCACACAGCAGCUGCCUCACUAGAUGACGAUGGAAACUAUACUAUUAUGGCAGGCAAUCCAGCGGGGAGAGUGAGCUGUACUGGAAGGAUGAUGGUCCAGGCUGUGAACCAAAGGGGGCGGAGUCAGCGCUCCACACCUGGUCAUAUCCGCGGACCACGCUCGAGGUCCAGAGACAGUGGGGAUGAGAAUGAAAACAUUCAGGAACGUCACUUCCGUCCUCAAUUCCUGCAGGCCCCCGGUGACCUUAUUGUGCAGGAGGGCAAACUCUGUCGCAUGGACUGCAAGGUAAGUGGUUUGCCAACACCUGACCUCAUCUGGCAGCUGAAUGGCCAGACCAUCCGUCCAGACUCUUCCCACAAGAUGCUGGUGAGGGAGAACGGUAUUCACUCUCUGGUCAUCGAGCCGGUCACUAGCAUAGAUGCAGGCAUGUACACGUGCAUCGCCAGUAACAGGGCUGGACAGAACUCAUUCAACUUGGAGCUAAUUGUUGCAGCCAAAGAGAUGCAUAAAGCCCCGUGUUUCAUUGAGAAACUCCAGAACACAAGUGUCGCUGAUGGUCACCCUGUACGUUUAGAGUGCCGCGUGUCUGCCGUUCCUUUCCCACAGAUCUUCUGGAAGAAAGAAAACGAGUCCUUCACUCACAACACAGACAGGAUAAGCAUGCACCAGGAUAACUUUGGUUACCUCUGUAUGAUCAUCCAGCCGGCUCUGAAGGAGGACGCAGGCUGGUACACUGUUUCAGCAAAGAAUGAAGCUGGCAUUAUCUCAAGUACAGCACGUCUUGACGUGCAUGCCCAGUGGCAGCAGACUCACACCCCGAAGCCCAAGAAAGUGCGUCCAUCAGCAAGUCGCUACGCCGCUCUGACAGAACGGGGUCUGGACGUGAAGGCAGCCUUUUUCACAGAUUCCAGCCCUCUUCCCGUUGCCCUAGUGGAGAGUGAUGACCUGUAGAGACUAGCACGGAGACUAUCCCUUGAUUGCUUCAGCAGUAUCAGUGUACUCAAUAAUUCUCACCCAUUUCCCAGUACGAACCUCUUCAUGGGGUUGGAUGAGCACAGAAAAAAAGUGAUCGAAUGACCAAUUAACACCCAUUCUUUCAGUGAGACUGAAGGGAAGGGAGGAAGCAUUUCUUCAAAGUUUAAUUCAUGAUUUUUUUUUAAAUCAGAAAAAGACUAUUCACUAUACUGAGUCAUGUUUUCUGAGGGGAAGGGAUUUGGGUCGUUAAGUGAGGUCAUAUCCUGCUUGUAAACAAACUUAAUGGUAUGCUGGUGCACUUAUCAAACCCAUACCUGCUAUCAGAUGCAAAUACACACAUAACUGCACAUGCUUUGAGGAAGGAGGUAGUAUACCGAUGAUCACCUUGUUUUGUCAUCUCUUAAUUUUUUCACAAGUGCUUAGGAUAUCUUUAAAAAUGUAAUUAAGAAAUAUAAAUAAAAAAAAUUAAAUAAAAAAAA